AUGGCUUCCUCCAAAGAUUUCAGCAUCGCCUCUGCUAGGGAUAAGUUUCCUCAUGUUGACCGCGCAAGGAAAGGCUUGCCGAGCCAGAUUGAUAAUACUGGUGAUAUUGUGCUCGACAAUGCCAGCGGAACUCAGAUGCUGGGUUCGGUAAUCGAAGCAAUCUCGACAUACUACACGAACCCUACCAACACCCCGCUUAAGGAUAGCACUUACCUUAAAAAUGCCCUCUCCGCGUCCCAACGCUUCAUCAACGCUUCAUCCGCCGACGAAAUCGCAAUCGGCACCUCUACAGCACAACUCCUCCACAACUUAUCAACGAGCUUCUUGUUUCCUCCGAAGAGUGAGAUCAUUGUCACGCAGAUUAACCAUGAGUCCAACAUCAGCCCAUGGCUGCGGAUGGCGGAAAGGCAAGAUCUGAUCGUGAAGUGGUGGACGGCGAAGGGGCCGGCCAUGAGACUAGAGAUUGAUGAUCUAUUAGAAUUGAUCUCAGAGAAGACAUGUUUGGUGGCGUUGACGCACGCGUGUGGCGUACUUGGGAAUAUUGAGGAUGUAGAAGUUGCUGCGGAAGUCGUUCAUAGGAUGGUGCCCGAGGCAGUAGUGUGCGUCGAUGGCGUAGAGUUUGCGCCACACAGGAGAGUGGACGUAUUUGGGCCCCAUCUAUCCUGCAUCUGGAUCGAAAAGUCACUAAAAGACGACCAUGACCUCCUCGAACCCUUCAGUUACUUCUUUGAUCAUCCUCUCACCUCACUUCAAGUCAAGCUCGGCCUCUAUGCCGCUAACCCCGCCCUCACAUCUUCCAUCCCACCAAUUGUAGAUUAUUUUAACCUCGAUCCCGUCUCCUCCUGGACCGAAAUCAUGGGGCACGAAGCUGUGCUACAAAAGAUACUAAUAGAUUAUCUUAACUCACGCAGUGAUGUUCGAAUCCAUGGGGAAAAUUCGCCGGAUCCUGUGCUCCGAGUGGCAAUAGUAUCGUUCAAUAUAAAUGGAUGGAUGAGUCAAGACGUGGUUGAGUUCAUUACAACAAAAGACCCCAGGCUUGGGGUGGCUUGGGGGCAUUUUGAUUCUUUCAGAUUGGUGGCCAAGCUUUUACAUCCCAAAGAGGAUGGAGUGGUUAGAGUGAGCAUGGUGCAUUAUAAUACAGUUGAAGAAGUGAAAAGAUUAGUGGAUGUUUUGAAAGAGAUUGAGAUCGGAGGAGACCAGGGUUUACUAGCGCAUAUGGAAAGACUUUCUCUUGUUUCCUUGGACUCUGGAGCAAAUACGCCGGUUAGGUCUGAGUAA